AUGCUUGACUUUGAAGAAGAUUUUUAUAAAUUUGUUAAAGCUUAAUUAGAAAAAAAAAAGGGGAUCAAGUAGAUUGGGACAGAAGAAUCUUAUGAUGAUGAGGAUACACUAAAGAGUAAUUUAAAAUAUCUUAUAAAGAAAAUAGGCUAGUAAGUUAGAAUAUCAAUAAAGUUCUAUAAAAUGAGAGAAAAAAGAUGAAAAUCAGCAAAAUAUCAAAGGAGCAGCAUUUUGAGAAUAAAAUGAAGGAUUUUGCCAACAUGGAUACAUUUAUUGAUGUUAAACAGUUUCUCAAGAGUCUUAAUGAUUAAUAAAGGAAAAAAACAUCGAAAAAGGUGUUUAAGUCAUUCAAACGUAGUCCUUCAGAUAGCGAUAAUGAUGAUUUAUUUGAUUAUGCAGAAAUUGUUUCGAAAAGUAAAAAGUACAUUGCAAAAACAUAAAAGUACAGGACUAAACCAAAUAUCUCUGGAUACCUUCAAUUUGACGAUAAUGCUCAUUAGAAAACCGAGGAAAUAGAGGAGGGUAAAUCAACAAAUCAAAAAUUUUAUACUGGAAUAGAUAAAUUAAUUACGGAUAUAAAUCAAAAAAAUGCUUAAUCUGAAAUGGACAAAUAAUAUGAAAAAGAGAAGAAAAGACAUCGCGAUUCGAUAAAUUCUGAAUAAUAAAUACCACAAGCUCUUCAUUUGGAUUUUGGGAAGGAUGAACUAACUAUUAAACAAGGAAAGAAAUUCAAAGAAUAAUCCCAAAAGGUUUUAUAGCUACUUGAGAAAACAACCAAAAUGCUAUAUAAAAAUAGAAUACCCUAACCUCCAAAUCCGAAAGUCUUAAAGCAAUAAUAAUAACAAUUAAAAGAAUUACAACAACAUCCAUCUUCUGUUGAGAAUAGAAGUUCUAAAUAAAUCCUUAUUAAGAGUCGCAGUAUUAGUAAAGAUAUCAAAUUGCCAACUAUAAAUGGGCCUACUUAAGGAGGUCCAAAUGGAAAAAGAAUAGGUCCUUUGCAUCAUUUCAGUCAUGGAACUUUACCAGAAAUCAAACCAGGAUCCUUUGUGUCGCUUCGAGAUGAUAGAAGAUUAGAAGAUUUACAUUACUUUAAAAGUUAAAAUGUUAUAAGUAAAUAAAAUCAUCCAUCUAACAAUUUCAGUCAUCACAGUCUAAGCUUAGAUGUAAAGAAUUAGAUUGGCGAUUUUAUUACCUAAGUAUAAUUUUCAUUUUAUGAUUUUAGUUAGAAAAUGCUUAGGAAUAAUUCUCGAAAAUGUACCCUUCAGAUUCUUAAUUAUAAAAAAUUUAGAAUAACAUGACUAAAAAGAUGAAUACAAUUGGAAAAGCUCCUUUGGAAAGUUUGAAAUACUUAACCAGAAGAAAAUUCAAUGUUUCUAAAAAAUUUGAAACCAAAAGCAAAAAAAAUAAAGCCCUGCAAAUGUUUUGA